GUUAUCGAUAGAUAUUUGCCAGCUGUGCAAUAAUCGCGCUAGUGGCCGAAAUAACUUUAUUUUUACUAAUAUAUUAAUCGCAAAUAUGCUGCCCAAACUGAAAAUUUCCGCUUUUCUGCUGAAGCGCCUGGAGCGAACAAAGCAACAGUGCAGUGGUUGUUUAUAUGGAGUUUUUUAUGGAGAGGGCACCUUACUCCUUUUGAGUUUCAACAUUGAAUCCAGUUUAGGCCAGUUGAACUAUGAGCAGAUUCAGCAUAGGUUUCCUGCGGAACUGGAUCUUUGCGGAUUGGUCAAGUUCGGUGAUUGCACCGAUGGCCAGGCGCACCUUAAUGAGGUCAUCAAAUCGGUGGACAUCACUGACAAUCCCAUUCUACUGCAAUGCGAAUUGGGUACCUUGGUGGGCCUACGGGCGUCUUUCUUUGUUCACGGAAAGCUGGAGGAAGCUCCGUAUGAGGUAAUGGAGGCAGAUCAGUUGUACAACGACUUCUGCUUCACUCGGCUGCAGUGCGGGUUCUUCCUGCAAACUGCCGCCACUCCGGAAUCCGUGUCUCGGGAAAUGCAUGUGCUGCGCAAGCGAGUGGCCGAUGGCAAUCUGGUAUUCAACGUUCCCCAGACGAAAAUCUUCAUUAACAGUUGCGGUCCGUUAGACAAUCGGUUUACCAGUGAUUCUCAAAUUCAGGAUCUUAUCGAUGUUGUUCCCAGUCCAGGGAAUGAAAAGGAGGCUGCCGUUACCGACAAAAAGAAGAACAAAGGACCAAAUACGCCAGUCAAGAGAUUAGCACCCAGUGGCUGCGACUACGAGGUGAUUCCCAUCGAUGUUAUGCGCUCCCGCAGUCGGGAUCCCGUGGCAAGGGACUCACCGCCUCAUCCAGCUCUCAGCAUUGCUGUGACUACCGAGGAGCAAUCCCGGGUGCAAGUUCCAUUGGAGAUCGAAGCUAUGGCUAUUCUGUGUCGGAAGACCAAGUUAUUGCGGCUCUACGAUGUGCUCAUCGAGAGCAUCUGCCGGGCUCUUAGACUAUUCGAGUUGAGCCUGAUUGAGCAUCUCACAGAAUCGGAGAGUGGAAAGCUGCUGGUGCCCGCUAGUUAUCACUUUUAUCCCCAGGAGUUUGGUCACUUCGUGAGCUGCGCAUAUCUGGAGGAUCUGGGCGAUGAUGAGCCCAGUAUGCAGGAGAGACGCAAGCGACUUCAUCGCCAGUUUGCCUUGCCCGUCAGUCGCCCUUACUUCCGCAGAGCCAAUCAGAUACACUUCCUAGGUGAAACAGAAGAAGCGCCCUGGACUCCAUUGCUCAACACCCAUAUCGGAGUCCGUCCCAGUGGAGUAACCGACGGCAAAGAGUACUUAGUUAGCGGAAACUACCACUACUAUCAUUACCUGCAACAGCAGGUGCAAGACAAGGGAUGGGGCUGCGCCUACCGCUCGCUGCAGACGAUCUGCUCCUGGUUCGUCUUGCAGGGCUACACAAAUGCACCGAUACCGACGCAUUUGGAGGUGCAGGAAUAUCUGCACAAGAUCAAUGACAAGCCAGCUGCUUUCGUAGGAUCUUCCCAGUGGAUUGGUUCCACCGAGAUCAGUAUGUGCCUACAGGGAUUCCUUAACGUAGACUCCAAAAUUCUACACGUUGCUUCUGGAGCUGAAAUGGCUACAGUUGCUUCUGAGCUGGCCAUGCAUUUCCAGACGCAAGGUACACCGGUGAUGAUUGGAGGCGGUGUGCUGGCUCACACCAUUAUCGGCGUGGACUAUUGCGUGCAAACGGGUCAGGUUAAGUUCCUGAUCUUGGAUCCCCAUUACACGGGGGCCGAUGAUCUGGCCACCAUUCAAAUCAAAGGCUGGUGCGGCUGGAAAGGAAUGGAUUUUUGGGCCAAGGGUAGCUACUAUAAUCUCUGCAUGCCCCAGCGUCCAAUUUUGUAUUAGGUUCUGACAGAUCUUUUUCCAUUUGCAUUUAAGUAGGUUGGGGUGGAGUGACUGGUUUUUUAUAAUCAAUUUCUUAACUUUUUGGCCUUUUAGUAUAUUAUAAAUUUUGAUAAUUUUUUGGAAAAGAAAUAGCAUUCGAAAACAGGAAUAUCGUUAGGUGUCAUAAAGAAUUUUCGAACUCAAAACAAGAAGAUAUUGAUUGUGUAAAAUGUUUAAAUGUGCAAUAGCAUAUUAAUAUAUUUUUAAGAUUCGUAUUAAGUUUCUUGUAUAGUGUAAAAGUCAAACCAGACCUUAAACUUUUAUAUAGACUUUUGGCUCCUUAAGGGCUUCAAGUUUUUGUUUUGAAAAUUUACAAGUUAACCCACCCUAAAUUACAAUCUAAGGUCAAGCUUUAAUGUGUGUAAUUAUUUCUUUUAUAUCUGUGUACUUUAAUUUUAUUAUUUUUCUUGUACCUUAUAUGUCGAUGCUAUAUCUCCCCCUCACUUAUUAAACAAUAUAUUAUAUUAAUUAAA